CUUUGCUCUUUAGAAUAUUUGCCCAAAAAAAAUACAUGCCAAGUCACAUACAUAACAGUGCAUUAUUCAGUUAUCCUCUUCUCCUCCUCCUCUCCUCCUCUCCUCCUCUCCCUUGUCUUCUUUCUUUCUUUCGUGUCAUCCACUCCCUUCAUUAUCUCCAAUUUCGUUGCUGCAUUCAACCUUAUAUCUUGCUCAUAUUAAUCUUUUGUAGAUGGGCCUCAUUUUACACAUCAUCGUUGUGGGCUUUCAUCAUGCUCAUGGACCCAUUGUCGAAUAUGCCUUCCCCCCAUUCCCUGGUCAAAGUGCACAAAAUACCUUGCAGCGUUUAGAAGUGCCUGAGGAAUGGUCUCUAUUGCCCUUCCUAGCACUGCCAGACGGAAGUCAUCAAAGCGAUGAAGAUUUUACCUAUUUUCACCUUCCUCCUAUUAAAAACCGUAAAGAUGCUGCGUCAAAAUCAACACUCUUUGGCAUCUCUUGCAAUCGACAGAUCCUGACAAAGGAUUUAGUUGUAAAGACAGAUGAUGUCACUCGCAGUUCAGUCCAAAAGGCAGUUGUCGUACUUGCCAGACAGCCUAUCUUUGGAGUGUUACGACAGCGGUUGGCUGUUGUGACAGCAGCAUGGUUUGGUCAGAAGGACUUUACCCAGACUGAUAUUCUUGCACAAUUCUAUGACAGCCUAGAUGCUACAGUAUCAGAGAAUAUACCAGACUCGGCGUUCAUGAUGGGCACGUCACUCGGCGAGCUGGUUAAAAAGUUCAAGUACAAAGUUUUGGUCUUGCUGAAGUUACUGUUAUUGGAAAAGCGGGUUAUUUUCUUUGGAUAUCCAGUUGAAACACUUUGUACCUAUCAGUAUUCGUUGAUAUCACUGAUUCCAGGGCUGCUAAAGUCACUCCAGGACACGGGAUCACCACUCCUAGACUCUCAAGAAGUUUACAUGCAGAGCAUGUCAAAGACACCAGCUCAGUCUACAGACAAACAGGCGUUAUUUAAAUAUCUUGGACUUCCACUUCAUAUUUUUGGUGAAGGAUCAUUUUUUCAACCAUAUUUGCCACUACAGCAGAUCGACAUACUUCAGGACCCUUUUACUAGGAGCUAUAUUAUUGGAACUACCAAUGCCAUUUUCCUUCAUAAUCGGGACUGCUCGACAGAUGUGAUUGUCAAUACUGAACCAGGUACAAUUGAGUUCUUACAAGAUUCGCUUUCAAGUGUCCUUAGCUUGACUUCUGCUGAUCGACGAUGGAUGGAUGAAAUUAUUGAAGCAGUCAACGACAGUGGCGAUAAUGACAGACAAACGGAAUACACAGGAAGCGAUGACUAUUUACGCGCGAAAUUUGAAGAGUAUAUCUUGACCCUCCUGUCCAGUGUAAAACACUCACAGUUCACUCAGGCAGACGAUUCGAUCGAGAACAUUGGGAACCUAAAUGAUAGAAACCUGAUAGCGGACUAUGGUACUUACUUUGUCAAAGCCUGGCAAGAGACACCCAACUAUCAGCUUUGGAAUGACUUUGUGGACUGGGAGCUGUUAAAUGAAAUCGUAGCACCGGGUCAUCCAUGUCAGGGCAACUUCUCCCUUGCCCAUGUGCAGAGACGACUGGCAAACCAACUCAAGGAUAUACGAAUAGAUAAAAAUUUGGAGCCAUUGAAGCAAUCGUUUUCAAGAGCAUUGACAACUAGCCGAGCGAGACUCUCUAAUGUUUUCGACUCAGUAUGGCAAGAGUUUGAGAAGCUACAGCCAGAAGAAGACACAGGGGUAACAUCAGCGACAACAGCAACGAUAGCACCUCAAGCACUUGAGCCAGCGAUAUACACUCCUUGUACGAGAAAUACACCGGCGAAUAAUGGCAAAGGGCUCAUCCAGAGCGUAUCUACUAAACCAGUGGCUCAAAUUGCUUCACGGUCCGUCCCUGACCCGGAAUUGAUGCCCGAAGAUGACGAACACGAUCGAAUUAUACCACAAAGUUCAUAUAGAUCUUCACCUAGGGCCAUUCCAUCUAUGAAACAACAACAGCAACAACAACAGCAACAGUUAUCAAAUUCCUCGCCUCGGUCGAGAUCUGCAUCAGGAUCCCCGGCCCCUGCAGCGUUUAAUUCGCUUGGCCCCGCAACAGCCGCGACAGCUGCAUUGGGCCAAAAAGCGGCCGGAAUGUUCUCAAACGUAUCAAGCUUCUUCCAGGCAAAGAAGAAGGAACUCUUGGAUACACAGCGUGAAGCAGAGGAGCAGUAUCAGCAACGAAUUCAUCAACAUGAGCGAAAACAGAGGUUAAUGCAAGAGCGUGCUAAAGCCACGGCAUCUACGUUCGCAAUACCCCCUAGACUGUCGCCUUCUCCAAAACCCAACUCCAAAGCGCCAGUGCUAAACUCUGCAAAAAACCACAGCUCCUCGACUUCGUCAACGCCGUCGCCUAUGACCACAGGGGAAGUGUUUGCGUAUGUGGCCCCCAAGUCACCCCCUUCCCGGAAAAGUCCAACUUCCCCGAGAAGCAUAAGGACUGUAGCAGCAACAGCAGCUGGUGAAGAAAUACUAGGACCAUCGAGCUUUCCGAGCGUAACGAAGGAUAUAUCUACUGCUCCUGCGCCUGCGUCUGAGCCCAUUCAGGUACCGAUCAUCUCUCCGAAACCUACCGUACCAAAUGUCACCUCACCAACGUUGACACGUGGGGGCUCAUCAGCAGAUCGUCUAUUGUCGUCACUUCGAGAUCAGAGCCAAGAUCAGGUGGAGGAUCUCGACCAAGAGAGCCUGCAAGAGUUAGAAAAGGAGUUACAGGAAGCGCUGGAGUCGAAUGAUAUUCCUUUAGCAGCAUCAGCAGCAACAGCAUCAGUGACAUCAAUACCAGAGGACUUUGCCUCUUCUGCAGCGACAACAUUGACAACAUCAAGAUUGUUAGGUGUACAAGAGGGAUCUACAUCAAUUGCGAUCACACCAACACGAUCUGUGACACCAGUGGAGGCAUAUUCGCCUUUUUCAGAAAUUUCACCUCCAACGUCACCCGCGAAAGAGACAAACGAUCCAUUAGCUAAUAUCAACGCUUCGAUGAUGGGUGUGGUUGACAACAAUAAUAAGGAGAAAGAGGAGGAGGAAGAAGAGGAGAAAGAAAAAGAAGAUGUUGUCAAGAAGGAUCCGUCGCUAGGCGUUUCAUGAAUUAUUUGAUUGAUUAAACGAAAAGCAAACACAAUAAGAUCACGGUUCACAUUGCUUUUAUUCUCUAGGGGCUUUAUUCACGAUUAUUUAGGAGGAAAAAAAUACAAAUUGAAAAGGAAAGGAAAAUGCGAGCUGCAAUCCUUAUUCUAUAAACUGUACUAACUACCUGUUGCUUCCUUAAGAAGAGGUAACACGAUUUCUCAUGUUGUGGAUGGACAAGAAGAGUGUGAGCAUCCAAGCGACGACGCGAUCCUUGAUCAUAUACAUCAAACCAAAGGAGAAGAACCCCUUGACGACUUGACCCUGGCAACCAGUGUAGAGACCUGCAAU